CCAAUAUCAAUUCAAGUUUACUAUUCGCUAAAAAUUCUGCUGCCAAUGCUGCACGUCAACUCACACGCCAAUACCUAGUACAAGUUUAGGGACGUGGAUAAUGACUGGUCACUGUUGUCCUAACCAAUCAUUUGGACCACAUGCCCGAGCUUUAUGGGAAACACGUACUGACGGCUUCGUUUAUGUAAAGGGCGAAGGAAUGUGGUGCUUGAACCGUUUGAGAGGGUACCUACAUCUCGCGCUAACCGACAUUGGUGUGGUUCCGUGCUGAGUGGGGCAAUGGAAAGUUCAGGGUCCUUUUUAUACGAUACAUUUUCUGAAGAGGCAGAGAAUUCUAAUACUCUUAGGUACCACCUAACCUUUACUCUCUUUUACAUGUGAGGUAUACAGUCAGAUCAACGACAGUAAGUAAGUACUUCUCUUGGUCACGGGGUAACUCAAAAUGAAAGCAGCCAAAGCUUUUCCGUUGGUAGAAGGUGGGCAAUUAGUACCACGGGUUUUCAUAUAUAUGACCCUAUGUUCAACCAUCUACCUCCUCCUUUCUCUUUCUCUUUUCUUCAUACCCUAUAGUCUUACCGACUUGUGUAACCCAAUUCAACACGCUUGAAGAAUUUCAACAUUCUACUCUCAUUACUCAAGCAAUGAGAGAGUAUCAUGGCUUCUCUUGGUGGUAACAUUUUACCCCCUGACCCUCAUGCAAAUAUCUAUCUUGCUGGAGUAGCAGUCCUCCUCCUAGUAGGCGUAUGCUAUUCCACUUUACUUGUGAAGAAAGCAAAAGACAGCGAGAACCCUGGUCUCGUACAAUCGUUAUGGCUUUUCUUUUACACAUGUUUCCUCAAACCGCACGAUGGCGGCGACAAUGGCAACCAGCAGGAUGCCCUUGAGAGUUUUUACAAAACUCAGGCCGGCGCAUAUGAUGCGACGAGGAAGGCCCUUCUGAAGGGUCGCGAGGAUAUGUUAGCCCUCGCAGCCGCCCAGCUCUCUUACCGAGCCAAAAAGGGCCCCGAGAAGCAGAGACGUGUUUGGGUAGACGUUGGUGGAGGGACUGGCUGGAACAUUGAGUCUAUGUCAAAAUUUGUCGAUGUUCCUCAGUUUUUCGACAGUGUUUACUUAGUUGACUUCUCUCCAUCUCUCUGCCAAGUCGCUCGCAAACGUUUCGAGAGACUAGGAUGGGAAAACGUCAAGGUCAUCUGCCAGGACGCAAGAAAAUUCCGCUUAGAGGACCACGAACCCUCUUAUCAGGGCAGACGCGCUUCUGGCUCUCCGAACCGGGGCAACUUUUUCCAAGACAGACCUAAACAUGGUGGUGCCGACUUGAUCACCAUGUCGUACAGCUUGUCCAUGAUUCCCGAUUACUAUUCCGUCAUAGACUCGUUACCGUCGCUAUUAGCUCCGAAUGGCAUAGUCGGUGUGGUUGACUUUUAUGUUCAAUCUCAAGUCGACAUCAACUUCCGCAACUAUACCGGCGGUCAAGCUAACCGUCAUGUCAAUUUCUUCGGCAGAACAUUCUGGCGCGCCUGGUUCGACAUCGACCGAGUCGCUCUCGAACCUGGCAGGCGUGAUUACCUCGAGUAUAGCUUCGGCACAGUCUUGAAUGUUAACAACAGGAAUUACACUCUGGGUGCGAUUCCUUAUUAUAUAUGGCUGGGGAUUCAUAAGCAACCUCAAUCGUCUAGCCUUCCGCACGAAAUCGUAGAGAAGCUAGACGCCUUGGUUACCGAGUCUCCUUACCUAUAUCCCGCUAACCACUCGGCCGCUCUGUCUCGCGCAGUCGAAAGAGCCACGCCGGAGAUCCGCUCCAAGGCUUUCGACGUCGCUAUUGUCAAUCUUUCUUCUAACUUGCCUCUUCCGUCUUUCUUCUAUCAGAAUCAUCACUACAGGAUAUACUAUGACGAUCAGCUCAAGAAGCAUACCCAGUUCAAUGACGAGUAUAUCUACGCUUUCACUUGGGAAGAUACUCGAGUCGAUGAACGUAUCCUUAAGCUCAAGUCGGAUGAUGUUGUGCUUGCCAUUACCAGCGCCGGUGACAACCUUCUUUCUUAUGCUCUGCAGGGACCGGCUAGAAUCCACGCAGUCGAUUUGAACCCCACACAGAACCACCUUCUCGAGCUCAAGGUAGCCGCAUUCUCUUCUCUCCCUUACGAAGACUUUUGGAAGAUUUUCGGGGAGGGUAAGCAUCCCGAGUUCCGUUCCUUACUCAUCUCAAAGAUGUCCCCUCACUUGUCCAGUCGUGCAUUCCAGUACUGGCUUAAGAAUCAUCACAUCUUCACUACAUCCAAGGGUGGUUUGUACGAUACUGGCGGGUCGAAACAUGGGAUUCGUAUCUUCCGCUGGAUUUCCCGCAUUUUCGGAUUCCGAUCCGCUGUCAAAGACUUAAUUGCCGCCAAAACGCUCAACGAGCAGCGUGAGAUCUGGCGCCACAAGAUCCGACCGGCGCUUCUUUCUCGUCUAGUCUCCAAGUUCGUCGUAAGCCAGGAAUCAUUCCUCUGGACGGCACUCGGAGUCCCGAAGAACCAGCUUGCGAUUAUCGAAGAGGAUCAUGCGGUAUCUGAAGCAGUAUGCGGUCCUGAUGCACGAUCGAAGAAUACCCGCUCCCACGCCAUCUGGGAAUAUAUGGUUAACACGCUGGAUCCGAUGGUAGAGACGAUGCAUAUCGCGGCUGACAACCCGUACUACCUAGUGUGUCUCGACGGUAAAUUUAGCCGGAAAUGCCAUCCAGACUACCUAUCGCCUCAAGCACAUGCCCGACUUUCUCGCCCAGGGGCGUUCGAUGGGUUGCGCAUCCACACGGACGAGAUUGACGAAGUGCUAGCGCGCAUUGCACCUGGAACCCUGACAGUAGCUGUUGUUAUGGACAGCAUGGACUGGUUCGACCCAGGAUCCAACGCCGCCGCGGCGCAAAUCGCUAAGCUCAACCGCGCGCUACGCAUGGGCGGACGCGUGAUGCUGCGCUCCAGCGGUCUUCGGCCUUGGUACCUAGCCGAGUUCGAACGGCACGGGUUCUCCGCUAGAUGCAUAGGUGAGCGCACGGGUGGCAAGUGCAUCGACCGCGUCAAUAUGUACGCGAGCUGCUGGAUCUGCACCAAGCGUGAAAACCUGCCGCCGCCGACGCCGACGCCAGAGACGGAGACGGAAGCUAUGGUUGGUUCGGAGAUUACAUCUUUGCAGAUCUGAGAUGGGGUUAAAUAAGGUACCUAAGGUGCCUGGGUACCUGGGUAGGUAGGUAAGUAAGUUAAAUCAAAUGGGAGGAUAAGGAAUCAGGGAGUGUCUAUCCUCUUGAAAGGCACUGCGGAGUAAGAGCAAUUCGGUUAUAUUCUAGCCACUCGUUACUAUUGUCCUCACAUGUUAGUCGAAUACGGUAUGCCUUAUAUUAUGCCUCAUGUUGAUAUAUCAAACGUUUUCAUAAGCCAAGGUCUCACGGCUCGAAUCUACUUCGCGUUGAAAUGCUCCA